AUGGGCUUGUUCAAGCAUAGCACUGGGGAUGCGGCCGAGGCCUCGCACUCCGCCAAGGCGAACACUUACAACUUCUCUGUCGUCUUCUUCAGUGCGUUGGGCUCGUUUACGUACGGAUACAGUUCAUCCAUUAUCGGUUCCGUCUUUGGUUUGCCCGCAUUUUGGGACUAUUUCAAUAUUUCUAUCACUGGACCAGACGCCCAGAAGGGAAACGAUAUAAUCGGCGCCGCCAAUGGUCUCUUCGCUGGAGGAGGCAUCAUUGGUGCUCUCAUUGUCAACUGGAUUCUCAACAGACUCGGCCGCUGCAGGUCUAUUCAGAUAGUCUGUGCCCUUUGCGUUAUCUCGUGCGCGAUCCAGGGGGGCGCUGUUCACGUUGCCAUGUUUCUCGUUGGACGCUUUUUCAGUGGCGUGGGUGUAGGCAUGAUGCAAGUGACCGUGCCUGCGUACAUGUCGGAACUGUCGCCUGCAAAGCAACGAGGUCGAAUGACCGGCUCACACGGGGUUCUGAUUGUCUGUGGCUACGGUUCGGCCGCAUUCACAGGUCUGGGCUGCUAUUUUGCAGCGCCCACCGUGCAGUGGCGACUAUGCCUCAGUCUGCAGGUUGUAGCCCCCCUGAUCCUUCUCAUCGGCUCGCCAUUCUUACCGGAAUCACCUCGUUGGCUCAUCUCAAAGGGCCAAGAGCUACGUGCGCUCGAGAUCCUCCAAAAGCUGCACUCCCGACCAGAUGAUCCAGCAGGACUGGCAGCCAAGGAGGAAUUCUACCAGAUCUCCAAGCAGAUCGAAUUGGAGAACGCGACUGGUGUGCACGGAAUCUGGGGCAUGCUUAAACGCGCCUCAUAUCGCAAGCGGAUCUAUUCUGGCUUGCUCGUCCAGUGUGCCGCACAGAGCACGGGCGUCCUCGUGAUUAACAACUAUCAAGUCCUCUUGUACAACAAUCUCGGCUUGUACGGAUGGCUACCUCUGCUGCUCUACGCGAUCUACACCUCCUGGGCCGCUUUUAUGAAUUGGAUCAAUUCAAUGCUGCUAGAUCGCCUUGGACGGAUCCCCAUCAUCACCUUUGGCUUGGCCGGCUGCAUCUGCAUGAUGAUUGUCGAGACAGCGAUGGUGGCUACUUAUGCGGGAGGAUCCAACAAGGGCGGUAACGCAAUGGGUGUCUUGUUCUUGUUUCUCUUUGUGACGUUCUACGGAGGGAGCCAGGACGCCAGCAGCUACGUGUACUGCAGCGAAAUCUUUCCAACUGGUGUCCGAGCACACGGGCUAGGCACGUCGAUUGCAGGUCUUUUUGCAUCGACUCUGCUCUACACUGAGGUCGCACCGACUGCAUUCGCCGACAUUGGAUGGAAAUAUUACCUCGUCUUUAUCCUUGUUCCGGCGGCCUGUCUUCCAUUUCUGUGGCGCCUCCCGGAAACCAAUGGGCUCUCGCUUGAAGAGAUUGCUGCCAAAUUUGGGGACGAAGUGGCUGUGGACCUCUCGCAUCUCGACGAGGAGCGCAGGCGAGCUCUUGACGAACGCCUGUUGGCGGUUGGUGUUGGUAUUCAUGGUUCACCACCGAACGAAGGCGAGGACAAGGCCGAGACUAAGGAGACCUAUGUGGCUAAGCAUCAAGAGGCCGCUUGA